CUCAUUAAUUUCAUGUAACUUCUUUUUAUUAUAUAAACUAUCACAAUUUCAUUCAUUAACAUUAUCUUCUCAAGUUAGAGCUCAAAUUUUUUCUUGAAUAUCAAAAGAUGACGUUACUUGGCUGGAUGCAUAGGAAAUUUCGUCAGAAUAGUAGUACAGAACCAUUCAAAGAUUUGGUCAUUGGAAAUUCUUGCAAUUGUCUAUCAGGGCAACCAUCACUUGAUGAAGAACAAAACUAUCAUCAAAAACCAAAUCUUGGAAUCAGAUUUAACAAACAAACACAAAAAACUCAAAACAACUUCAGAAAAUCAUUUGCUGGUCUAGAAUCAACAAGAGAAGAACAUGAAGAAGAAUAUGGCAGACAAUCACAAGAUGAUGAUGCUAUGUUUGAUCUCUUCCCUGGCUUCCUUGCAAUUGGAACACUUGGAUCAGACCAACCAAUUUCAUCAAAUCUAUCAACACCAUCAUUUCCAAUCUCAGUUCAAACCAUAACCGAAAAUGAAAACGAAGACGAAGUAACUGAAAAUGAUCUCAAACUCAUAAAUGAUGAGUUAGAGAAAGUUCUUGGUGCUGAAACAAAAGAUGAUGUACUAAGCUAUGAUUCUUCAAGCAGAAACAGCCAUGUCAGCACUGGAAGAAGUAGCCAUGUCAGCACUGGAAGAAGUAGCCAUGUCAGCAUAGUAACAAUAAGUGGAAAACCAAUUGAAGGAACAGACACAAAUGCUGUUUGUCCUUUACAAGGUUAUUUGUUUGGAACAGCUGUUGAAAUGUCUGAAACAGCAGUUACUAGUGUUGGUAAGAAAGAACAUAGGACUUCACUUGGUGAACUUUUUCAGAGAAGUAAAUUGGCUGAUGAAAUUUCUUUUGGAAUGAAAUUUGAAAAAGAAUUUGAUAAAAGAAAUGAAAGGGAUGCUGAGAAAUAUUCUUCUGCUCUGAAUAUGGUGAAAGAAAAGCUGAAAAAAAGAAUGUUUCAUUCAUGUUCUAAAAAUUCUUCAUCUACAAAUGGUGCAAAUGUUGAUUCUGCUUCAGCUGAGACUAAACUCAAUAAGAUUCUCCAUAUGUUCAGGAAAAAAGUUCAUCCAGAAAAUUCAACAGUUGGACACAAAUCUGGUAAACAUCGAAAGAAUGAGAACAAGAAGAAAAAUAUGAAUGAUGGAGGUCCCAACAAAGGCUACCUUGUGCAUCCAGAAGAAGAUCCAUCUUCUUACAGAGAGCAUUGGAUCAAAACAGAUGCAGAUUAUUUAGUUCUAGAGCUUUGAAAGGAAAAGAAGAAUUAUUUGGGCUGUUUUAAGUUGUUAUCCUCUAUUAGUAAUGUGUAAUCUCGUGUUUGUACUUAUAUAUUGUGGAUCUUAU